AUGAAUAUUGAUACAAAUAAUGAGGAACAACACUCCAACAAUCAAAGGAAUGAAGAUCAAGAAGCUACAAAUGAUUACGCUGUAAAAAUAAUGCAAAUUCAUUCCAACAUUCCUGAUGAUGAGAUACCAAAGGUUAGUAUGGAAUUUGAAACUGAAGAACAAGCUUAUAAUUUUUAUAAUGUUUAUGCUUAUAAGGUUGGUUUUAGCAUACGGAGAAGCAAAAGUCAUAAGGAUAAUGAAAAUGGAAAAAUAAAAAAUAGAACUUUUUGUUGCUCAUGUGAAGGCUUUCGGGAGAAAGAUAAACGAAAUGAUAAUGUGAAAUGUCAUCGUGCUACAACAAGAUUUGGUUGUUUGGCAAGGAUGAAGAUAAAACUUCAUCAAUUUGGAAAAUAUCAAGUUAUUGAAUUUAAUGCAGAGCAUACACAUGUGACUUCAAGCCCCAGUAAGAGUCACUUACAUAGGUCACAAAGAAGAAUAACCCCUGCUCAAGCAUCUGAAAUUGAAAUGGCUGAGAAUUCAAGAAUUGCUCCUAAAGCCACGGAUGAAGAUGAUUUGUUAACAAAUAUAUUUUGGGCGGAUGCACGAAUGAAGGAAUCAUAUUAUAACUUUGGUGAUGUUGUUAGCUUUGACACAACCUACCGAAAAAAUCAUGAUUGUCGACCUUUUGCUAUGUUUGUUGGGGUAAAUCAUCAUAAACAAACCACUAUAUUUGGGGCUGCAUUGUUAUAUGAUGAAACUACUGAAACAUUUAUGUGGUUAUUUGACACAUUUGUAGAAGCUAUGUCAUGGAAAAAACCAAAAACUAUUCUUACUGAUCAAGAUGCGGCAAUGGAAAAAGCAUUAAGAUCCCAAUGGCCAGAAACGUAUCACCGUUUAUGUAUUUGGCAUAUGUAUCAGAAUGCAGCUAAACACUUGAGUAGUGUUUUUGAAAGAUUUCGUGAAUUUGCUACUGAUUUUGGAAAUUGCAUAUAUGAGUAUGAUGAAGAAUGUGAAUUUAUUGAGGCUUGGGGGAACAUGCUUGGGAAAUAUAAUCUUGAAAAUAAUGAUUGGUUGGCACAACAGGUCAGGGUUAAGGAGAAAUGGGCUUUAGUAUAUGGAAGAGAGACUUUUUGUGCAAAUAUGACUACUACACAGCGAAGUGAAAGCAUGAAUAAUGUACUUAAAAAGUAUGUCAGCUAUCAACACACUAUGUUGCGUUUUUUAGAGCAUUUUGAGAGGUUGAUUGAUGAUCGACGUUAUGAAGAGUUAAAAGCCGACUUUAGAGUAAGUCAACGUAAUUUGGCACCAUCACUUCCAAUUGAAAUUUUGAAUCAUGCAGCGAAUGUGUAUACCCCUGCAGUGUUGAGAAUGUUUGAGGUUGAGUUUUCAAAGGCUUAUAGUUGUGCUAUGGAACUUAUUACUGAGUUAGGAGUUAUGAGAGAAUAUAAGCUUACUCCGAAUGGUAAGUCUUUUCACCACACAGUUAAAUAUGAUUCAUCGGCUAAUACAACAAUAUGUAGUUGCAAGAAGUUUGAGUUUGCAGGAAUAUUAUGCUCACAUAUUCUUAAAGUCUUUUCCUUUCAUAAUAUUGUGAAAAUACCUUCUCAAUACAUUUUAAAGAGGUGGACAAAGCAUGCGAAGAUGGGAGUUACAAGUAGUACCUUUGAGAUUAAACAGGGAGAUGAUCCUAAAGCAAGUUUGGCAUUACGUUAUCAAGAUUUGUCAAGAUCCUACACUCAUAUUGUAACAAAAGCAUCAGUAACUGAAAAAGCCUAUAAACUUGCUAGAGAUGGUUUUAAACAACUUUCAGAUGAUGUGGAUGCUUGUUUGGAAGAAGAUACCGUUGGAAGAAAAGAGGAGAAUCGUACUACCAGUGGAAUCAAUACAACAAUAAAAGGUAUAAAAACAAAUAAUAAGAGAAUUCGUGGUAGUUCUUCUACACGUCCAAAGAAUGCUCUUGAGAAGAUGCGUAAAAAAACUUGUCUACAAAACAGGUUUCACAAGUCUUUAACAACAAUAAUCAAGUCAACAAUUAUAUGCCACUUUAUUAAUAUGGCACCUGAAAAUCCAAGCAUACAAAUAAGCAUGACUGAAUUACUUUUACAGGCCGAGAAGACACCUAUUGGAUUUGAAGAUAGUCAAUCUUUCAAGAAUAUCUAA